CCUAAACUGACCCCGGUCUGUCCUGUCCAGAGCUUUUUUACCUGACUGUGUGUUUAUUAAAAUAAUCAUCAUGUUACUGUUGCUUUUACCGGAGCCAGAGCUGAUGACAGAGAAGCCGACUACUUACUGAGUCGGCACAGUUUGAUGCUGACCUCUCCUGCCCGUCCUGGUGCCAAGCUGUAGGCAUGGAUGAAGCGACCCUGGAUGCCGCCAUCGCCGCCUAUGGUGCUCAGCUGCAACAGGUGGAGACAGCCUUGUCUGCAGGCCUGGACCCCAGCCAGCAGCCAGACCUGCUCAAACUGAAGGAGGACCUCUGUCAGCUGAUAGAACUCACAGAGGCCAGUCUGGUGUCUGUCAAAAAGAGCCGGCUGCUGGCCAGCUUAGAGGACAUUACUGAGCCGCAUGGGAACACCUGCAAAGUGGCGGCUGACACCACCAGGUUAGAUGAGAACUUGAGCGCAGAGUUCGCUGCUUUUUACUCGGAUCUGGGAGAAUGUUCAGGCAGCGGCUCCGACUCCAGAGAGAAGGACGAGGAAGGCAGAAAGGGAGAUGGAGAAGAGGAAGACGAAGAGGGAGAGGAUGCACUUAGCGGUACCAAGGUGAGAGCCCCCUACAGGACUUCCUGGGGGACGCUGGAGUACCACAACGCCAUGGUGGUCGGGGCAGAGCCGCCAGAGGGAAACGAGGCGCAGGUCCGAGUGCUUUUCGUCUACCCCACCCAGAAAUCCAUGAAGCCAUGUCCUUUCUACCUGGAGGACAAAUGUCGCUUUCAGGACAACUGCAGGUUUUCCCAUGGGGAGGUGGUGUAUGUGUCCGAGCUCCGUGAGUUCUUGGACUGCGACCUCAGUAACCUUGAAGAAGGUUCUGCCUGCUUGGCUCGACAUGAGGAUGGCAUCUGGUACCCGGCCAGGAUAAAAGAAAUUGACAGUGGUUUCUUCACUGUAAAGUUCGACUCGCUGAUGAAAGACGCUGUCGUCGAGGCCGACGGGGUCAUCCCCCCCCUCAGGGAAGACGACCCGCUCUCCUCUGACUCUGUUUCAGAUGACGCUGGAGAUGAAGAUGCAGUGGGAUAUGCUAAAGUUCUCGACUCUACCACAGAAUCAUCUAAAGCAGUGAGCAGUGCUAACUUCGGGGGCUGGGAGGCUCAUACCAGAGGCAUUGGAUCCAAACUAUUGCUCAAAAUGGGCUACGAGUUUGGAAAAGGCCUAGGGAAGCUGCAGGAGGGUCGGGUGGAGCCGGUGAUGGCCGUGGUCCUGCAAGGAACGUCUCUGGAUGAGUGUGCCAAGCUGACACAGAGGCGUACCCACAGCAUGGCUGCUCAAGGUGGCGCCCAAACCAGCCGGCAAAAGCGCCGCAGAAAGCCGAAAGUCUCCACCGGAGGCCACCGUACCGUGUUUGAUUUUUUAAACCACAAGCUGGGAGACAAGAGCUCAGAUUCUGCUGCUACUGCUGGGGUGGCGGAAGUGACCGGGGUGGAGGCUUACAGGGCCAGGAAAAGCACCAAGAAGAGCCUGAAUGUGAAGCUCUUCCAGGCCGCAGAAAGGGUGGCUCAGACCCAGAGGGAGAUCCAGAAACUGAGCGAGUCCCUCGGCAGACAGAUGGGCAGGGAUUCAUCAAGAGUGAAGCAGCUGGAAGAGAAGCUGUCAGCGGCCCGCCGCCUGCUGGCCCAGCAGAAAGCACAUGAGCUAUCCAUCCAGAGGGACCACAAGAAGGCAGACACACACAAGAAGAUGACAGAGUUCUAACUACACAGUCAGAGAGAGGCACUGCUGGCAUCUAAUUAACUCAUAUUCACUGCUUAUUGUCACUUCUCUGCCUUGUUUUUUUAUUUUUUCUUAUUUUUUAAUUUAAAGGAUUCCUUCUGGAUGAUUUUCUACCAGCAUCAUGGCUUUUAGCCAGCAGCAGAAUUCUUUUUUUAGUUGUUGUUUAUUGUGGAUGGUUUAUGGAAAUUUAACAAUGUUGUUAAAAAUACAUUUUUAUUUGUCA